UGAGGAUCUGAUGCCAAGAACUAUUCAAGGUGUAUGAGCCAUGGAUCAGAACAGCAGUGGUGGACAAUUGUUUCGACUUGAUAGCGACCUCAAUGCGAAGAUGGUGAGGACGGUCAUAGGGCAAAUGCUGGUGUGGUUCUUCAUCUGCGUCGACAUGCUCAUGCUUUUCACCUUCUUCAGUAAGCAUGCUUUCCGGAGCGAUGCACGCUACAUCCUGUUUGCUCACACCCUGCUGGGAGACUCCGUACUCCUGCUGCUCAAUGACCUGGUGGUGCUCCUUAUCCACUUCCAAGUGCUCGUACCUGUCGGUCGCUGCAUCGUGGUCUGCAUUCUCUUGGCGAUUGCCUCCAAAAACACGCCCUACACCAUCACAGCUAUGUGCCUGGAGCGCUACGUGGCCAUCUGCAUGCCGCUUAGACAUGCCAGCAUUUCCACCACCGGCAGGACCAUGGCUGCCAUCGCUGUCGUCUGGGCAUGCAGCUCCGUCAGGGUCAUGACAGAUCUCACUAUCUUCACUAUAGUGGCCCCGCCAGGUUACUUUGCCACGCCCACGCUAUGCUAUUACCAGGUCAUGCUGGUGACUGAGUGGCACCGCCUCAUGCAUGUCAUAUUUAAUCAGGUGGACUUCGGUAUUAUUAUGGUGAUCUUGCUGUUCUGCUACACCAAGAUCAUGCUGGCAGCUCAGGCUGCCUCUGGAGAGAAUAAGCAGUCUGUGUCAAAGGGGCGACGCACGCUCCUGUUCCACGGCCUGCAGCUCAUUCUGUGCAUGGCUGAACUGUGGGUCCCUUACAUAGUGGAUCUUAUAGGGGUGCAAAAUCAAAGCUUGUAUGUGCACAUCCGAUUCUUCAAUUUUAUUUCUUUUACCAUUAUCUCAAGGGCCCUGAGUCCCAUUAUCUAUGGCCUGAGGGAUGAAAAGUUUUUCCUUGCCCUGAAAUAUUACAUGAGCUGCAAGGCCCCUCUCCAGAGAAAUAUCGCAGCUUAGAACAAGCUUUUUGUAUCUUCUAGUUCUAGUCAGUUUAUACAGUAUAAAUUUAGUCUCACCAAAACUUUGGCCAGGACACUAACUGUAGUCAUGUCAGGAAUCACAGCUUUCAUUGGCCCAAGCACAAUAAAAUGGCAUUGAUCAUGCACAUUUCAUGUUUCCUCACCAGCACGACAUCAUAAACCAGCACAUUUGCGACAUACUGAGUGACAUCUCAUGGCUGUGUGUAGGGACCUUUUUCAUUCCCGUUAGCAAUGGCUUUCAAGACAAUUCGUUUCCAGCAGCAGAUUGUAGGUAAUAGUGCCAUCUGCUGAUGACAGUAAGGUAAAUGCUUUGAUUCAGCUCAGUGUUGAGGUAUACAAGUGUAUCUUCACACUUUUAACAACAAACUGUCAUGUGUAUGCUGGGUAUUUUAAAGUAUUCACUUGAAAGGACCUGAAUUUUAAUAUCUUGCAUAUUUUUGUUUUGUGUGUACCUUUUCAAUCAAAAAAUUGAAUACUUUUUAACAAUAACAAAUUAUUUUAGUGUACUUCUAGAGUGCACGCAGUGAUAUUGUGACAAUACAUGUAUGCAGUGGCAACAGAUGCGACCAUUUUGUCAGCAUGUUCCCAUUAAUAAAUACGAUCCUA